UUGAGAAUUUUUUCCUAUAAAGAGAGGAAAUUGGCGAACCUUAUAAUUCAGAAAGCCAGUGAAGGAAUAAUUAUACUUUUCCCAGCGCUUCUGAAGUCAAACUAUGGCUACAACAAGCAGAGUUCUUCUACUUCUUGUGGUUGGAGCUAGUGUAAUUUUUGGGCUCGGGAAGGUUGGUGCGGUCAAUAGUAGCGUUGCAGAGUUGCUGCGUGAGCGGUGGCAAGAGAAGCUUCCAGACAUUGGAAUACCCCCACCGCUAGUGAAACGUCUGUCCCCUCUUUCUCAAACACAGCUCAAGGAUUUCACCACGGCGCUCAAGAACAGAGACAGAGACGAUACUUCCUUCGAUGCCUCCCACUUCUGCCGGUCUGCCGGUUUGUUAUGCCGCGAAAACGUAUCAUUUUAUCAUGGUUGUUCACAAUAUGGAUUCUCCAAACGUAUGCCUAAGCAGGUCGAGGAGCACCUGUUCUUCGACAAGGAAGAGCUGCGGGAGUCGGGGGAAAUAAUAUUGCCAGAUAUGAGCUCUCACAGAACACGUAUGCCAUUUUUGCCUAGCGAGUUAGCAGAGAUGAUGCCGCCAUUCUCUACUGCAAAUGUUUCUCAAAUUUUGAAGUUGUUGAACAUCCCGAGCGAGUCAAAUAUGUCCCGUAGCAUGGCGAGCACGUUGAAGAUGUGCGAGGAAAGGGCGGAGGAAGGAGAAGUGCAGAGAUGCAGCACAUCCGUUGAGGGCAUGGUGGAAUUCGUGGUGUCUCUUUUGGGAUCUGACGUCGACCUUCUUAAUGACCCAUCUGUUAUAGGAUCUGGUCAGCGGGCUACGGUAACCAAGGCGGCUAAGAGGGAGAAUAUCGUGGGGGGUAAAUCGCCUGUAACUUGUCAUCACUUUGUGUUUCCUUACGCAGUGAUUUAUUGUCAUUCUAUCAAUGGGAGUGAGGUAUUUGAUCUUCAGUUGGAGGUCAUGCAGGAUGAUAAACCAGUAGUAAAGAACGCUACGGCACUGUGUCAUUAUUCCUCGAACGGAGCGGGAGGAACUCAGGCUUCUUGUCAUUUUGUUUACGGGGAGAUGUUACUGUGGAUGCCUAAGCCUACGCGUUACUAGUUACCAGGCCUGGAAUUUGACAGGCUAGGCCGUUUUUGCAUUUUUAACUGUAUAUUACAAUUAAUAAAAUUAGUGGAUCAUAUGUAUGGAUGGGCUAUUUUUUUCAAAAGCUGUAAAAAAUUAUAAUAGGUAAUAUAUAUUGAUAUAUAUUAUUUCACAAUGUUUAUUAUAAA